AUGAAUUCUACUAAAUACAAAUUACCAAUAAAGGAGGAUGAAAUUAACGAGUUCAAUUUGCCAUAGAUCAGAAAAUAAGUCAAUGCAAGAAUAGAUUAUUCCCUUAAUCUUGGUAAAGUUGAAUAUCUUCAAUUAUAAUAGAGAGGCUUAGGCGAUUGGUCAGAAGAGAUAUAGAUUCAGGCAGGAGAAGCAUUUAUCACUUUAUUAAAAUAAAAGAUAUUAGAUUCAUAAUUUUUUAAAGAGCUUCUUAAGGUUGCUUCAUAAAUGAUGAAGUAGUGGAGUAAGAGUGUAUUAAUGAAAUGGAUAGAAGUAUAUGCAAUCCUACUUCCAAGAAUUACUUGCGAAGAUUAAGCAAAUGCUGAUAAGUUUGAGAGAGAUUGCUUGGAGCUUGUUAACAAGAUGGGUGAUUAGCCAUCACCGUUCUAAGUUAAAAUAAGUGUCCCUUUUUUCCUAGCUCAAUUAGCAAAAAAUCAAAGUAUUAGGCAAAAGGAUACUUAUACUAGUCGAUGCUUAAGUAAAAUUAAAAAUAUGUGCCAAGAUUUUAAUUGGGAAAUUAGAAAAGAGAUGUGUCUAAACCUGACGAAAAUCAGUAAAUAUCUUGGACAUUAAUUGGUAACUCAAAUUAUUUUGCCUGAGUUAAUUGAGCUCUUAAAUGAUGAAGAAGUAGAAGUAUUUCAUCAGGCCAUCUAAACAUACAUUAAAUUUAAUAAGAAGAUUCUUACAUAAGAAUAAAAGUAAGGCGCCGAAAAUCUAGCUACUAUUAAAAAGAUAUUAAUGCAUGUUCAAAACUUAAAUACCUAAGGUAACAUUCAAGGUGAUAGUGAAAAAAUAUAAAAUGAAGUGAAGCAGACUGUUUAUAAAAAUCUUAAUGACCUUAUUCUAAUAAUGAGGAACAAAGAUGACGAGGGUCUUAUUGAUCUUAUCUAUGAUUGUCUCAAGAUAAAUUUAUUGUGCGAUAAUAAUAAAAUGAUUAUUGCAGAAUGCUUAUAAGGCUUAUGUGAUAUUUAUGGUAAUAAUGUAAAAUUACUCAAGAGUUUCUAUUUGCCUCUGUACUAAUCAUUUAUAAAAGAAGCAUUUUCUGGUGAGGACAAUGAACUAAAGGAUACUAUUGCAGCUAAAUUACAUCAUCUCAUAUUAAACACUCUUAUGAUUAGUGAUUCCUCAAUAGGAUCGCUUGAUUCUAUAAAAAAUGAGAUACUAGAUUUUUAUGUAACAGCAAUAAAAUGCACUAGAAAAGAAACUGUAAAUAAUAUUAUAGUUAAUGCAGAUGAAGUGAUGAAAUUCUUCAUUACAAAUUAAAAUGUAAUAGAUAAACCCAUAUACAAAUUUUUUCUCGAUAAGAUUAGAAAGCCUCUCAUUUCAACUGUUCUGGAAAAGAAAUUGUAGAACAACUGGAGAUAUCUAGUUAAUUACUAUGAAUUUCUUUAGAAAUUGUUUAAAUAUGUAGAUAGAGAUGAUACUACUUUAGAAAUAUUUCCACUAUGUGUUAAAGGAUUAAAGUAAACAUAUUGUCCUUUUCCCGUCAAGAAAUAUAUCGCUCAAUCCUUUGCUAACGUAAUUGGCAAGCAUCCAAAUAAUUUCUUAAGAUAAUCAAUUUAAGAGGCUAUGAUCAAGGAUUUUGCUUCCUCUAGAACAUACUAGAAUCGAAUGAUAUUCCUAUGCUUCGUAGAAAAUCUACUGCCAUAAAUUUCAAAGACAUAUUUUAAGUAAACAUUUAUGGAAAGUCUAUUAAGGUUCAAAGAUGAAGAAACUAUAUAACUUUUAAUAGUUUUUGUUAGACUGAUUCCAUAAAUCAGGCUCAAAAUGGAUGAAUAUAAAUCCUAAGAUAAAAUAGAUCAGAUUCUAAAUUAGAUAAUGCAGAAAUAUUCAAGCAAGAUAGUUGGUCGAGAACUAGUUAGCUUAGCUAACGAAAUAUAGUAGAAAAUCAGGGAACCUGAAUACUUAGAUGAAGUAAUGAUAUAUUAAAAUGUCAAGGAUAAGGAGCUAUAUGAGAACGAGUUGAGGCUUAGUACAAUUGAAAGAGAAGAGAAGGAUUCUUCAAAGAGAAAAGAAAUGGAAUCGAUGAUUAAAUAGAUGAAAGAUGAUUAUAUGAAAAAGAUGCAUAAUGUCAAUUCUUCAUCAGGUACUACUCUCGGCACCUCUUCAUUCCUUCUUGGGGCACUAAAGGAUAAUAGAGCUUAGAGUAGCAUGAAAGCAGAAAGGAAGCCAAUAAGUAUUUCAGGUGCACCUUCGGUUGGACUAAAUAUGAAACUAUCUUCCUCAUCAUCUACAAAAGGGAAUAAAACUGACAAAGUUAUAAAAGAAGAAUCAAAGAGUUCCCUAUCAAAUUAUGGAACGAGUAGUGUGGCUGCAAAGAAGAAUCUUUAAACCUAAUAAAACAGCUUAAUGCCACCUAAGCCAGGGUCACAGCUUAAGAAAAGAUGA